AUGGCCCUGUGUCAGAAUCGAUUACAGGAAGAGCGCAAGCAGUGGCGGCGUGACCACCCGUUUGGCUUUUACGCGAAACCCGCGCGUACAAAGGAGGGAAUUUUGGACCUGAAGAACUGGGAAUGCGGUGUUCCGGGGAAGGAGAAGACAAUCUGGGAAGGAGGCUUGUUCAAGCUGACUAUUGCGUUUCCAGAAGAAUAUCCUACCAAACCCCCAAAAUGCAAAUUUGUACCUCCGCUGUUUCACCCAAAUGUCUACCCUUCAGGCACCGUUUGUCUUUCAAUUCUUAAUGAAGAAGAGGCAUGGAAACCGGCGAUUACCGUGAAGCAGAUCUUGUUGGGUAUCCAGGACCUCCUGAACGACCCGAACCCUGAGUCACCUGCGCAGGCCGAGGCGUACAAUCUGUUCAAGAGAGAUCGAGUGGAGUACGAAAAGAGAGUCCGCCGCGUGGUGCGCGAAAACCCAGCACCUUGA